AUGUUCCGUCUACCGACAUUGCGGCUCAGGCUGCUUGCUUCCCCGUCGUCAUGUCUGAGGCGGGGUGCGUCCCGCCAGAGUGCCCGAGCUGAACAGAUCUUCAAGUCCAAGAAGGACCUUCCGAAAACGUCCUGGACCUCGAGCCGGGCCAUUGACGAGCUGAGGGCUAGCCUGGGUGAAGACACCAUUAGCACCGACGAUGAAGACCUUCUUCGACACGGUUACUCUGAAUGGUCUUCCAUCAAUAUUGAUCAGCUACCCGUAGCUGUGGCGUACCCUCAAUCUACAGAAGAGGUCUCGACGAUAGCCAAAACUUGUCAGAAAUAUAAGAUACCCAUGAUCCCGUUUUCUGGAGGCUCGAGUUUAGAGGCAAACUUCUCUGCACCGUAUGGUGGCAUGAGCAUCGAUUUCACGCAUAUGGACAAGAUUCUGUCUUUACAUGCCGAUGACAUGGAUGUCGUUGUGCAACCGUCAGUCUCGUGGAUGAGUUUGAAUGAGGAGAUCAAGGACUCGGGUCUUUUCUUCCCAGUUGAUCCUGGCCCAUCUGCGAAAAUUGGCGGCAUGGUUGGAACCAGCUGCAGCGGUACAAAUGCAGUGAGGUAUGGGACCAUGAAAGACUGGGUCAUCAACCUCACCGUGGUCCUUGCCGACGGAAGCAUUAUCAAAACAAGGAAACGGCCGCGUAAAUCUGCGGCUGGAUACAAUCUGACCAACCUAUUCAUCGGCUCCGAGGGCACUCUCGGCAUAGUCACCGAGAUCACUCUCAAACUGACGGUAAUACCCCAGGAGACAAGCGUGGCUGUCGUAACAUUUCCUACAAUCCGCGAUGCUGCAGCUGCGGCCUCGAAGGUCAUGCGUGCAGGGAUACCCGUGGCAGCGAUGGAAAUAAUGGACGACGUGCAGAUGGGCGUGGUCAAUAAAGCAGGCUCUACUACCAAGAAGUGGAAGGAAAUGCCUACUAUGUUUUUCAAGUUUUCUGGCACUAAAGCAGGGGUACAAGAGAACGUUAAACUAGUCAAGGCAAUCGCCAAGACACACAAAAGUGGUGACUUUGAGUUCGCAGUAGACGCCCAAGAGCAGAAGACUUUGUGGUCGGCGAGGAAAGAGUCGCUCUGGAGUAUGCUUGCGCUUCGCCGCGAAGGUGAUGAGGUGUGGUCAACUGAUGUCGCCGUACCUCUCUCACGCUUACCUGAUAUCAUUGAGGUUUCCAAGACUGAAUUGGAUUCCCUGGGCCUGUUCGCCAGCAUUCUCGGACACAUUGGAGACGGCAACUUCCACGAAAGCAUCAUGUACAACAGCAAGGACCCCAAGGAACGAGCCGCUGUCGAGAAGUGCGUCAAGGACAUGGUUGAUCGUGCUCUCGAAAUGGAAGGCACGUGCACGGGAGAGCAUGGUAUUGGUCUGGGAAAGAAAGACUCGCUCUUGAAGGAGCUGGGUCUCGACACGGUUAAUGUCAUGAAGAGCAUCAAGGGCGCAUUGGAUCCGCAUUGGCUCAUGAACCCGGGGAAGAUCAUGGAUGUUCCGUCCUAA